GAAUUUACAAUCUUGUGAUGCACCUGCAUGUUAGAUUGGUGAAUACCUAUUGGCUGCGUUACACUUACACUAGUACAAAACAUGUACACAUUAGGCUUGCAUUUGGCAGCUUUCUCUUGAAGUCUUCUCAUUUCUCUGCGGUCCGAGAUGCAAAGAUAAAAGUGUUGGGAAGCCUUAAACAAGACACUGAUGAAGAGUGCUCAGAAUGGAAAAAAUUAUCUGCUUCUCUUAAGUCUGAAUAUCCUAAAUACAUUCCAUUGCUUGCCAAGAUUUUGGAAGGUCUGCUUUCUCAAAGUAAUGUUGGGGACAAAAUCCGCCGCAAGGAAGAGGUUAUAGAGGCAGCAAACGAGGUAAUUGACAGUGUUGACCAAGAUGAGCUAGCGAAAUUUUUUUCACAGAAAAGUGAUCCAGAGGAUGAGGAAGCAGAGAAAAUCAAGAAAAAGAUGGAGACAGCACGUGAUCAGUUAGCAGAGGCACUUUACCAAAAAGGAUUAGCACUGGCAGAGAUUGAAUCAUUGAAGGGUGACAAAGCUUCAGUUGCAGAUGCAAAUGAAGGCACAAAAGAUGUGGACAAGACUGGUGAUCAAUCUGCACCUGUCUCUGGUGGUCAACCAGAUUUGUUUGAAGACAACUUCAAAGAACUGAAGAAGUGGGUUGAUGUGAAGUCUUCCAAAUAUGGAAACCUCUUUGUGCUACGUGAAAGACGGCUUGGAAGGCUUGGAACUGCGCUAAAGGUAUUGAGUGAGAUGAUUCAAGAUGAUGCGGAGCCUCCCAAGAAGAAGCUCUAUGAACUGAAAAUUUCUUUGCUAGAUGAGAUGGGGUGGAACCACGUGGCGGCAUAUGAGAGACUGUGGAUGCAUGUUCGGUUCCCGCCCAGCCUGCCUCUUUUUUAAGAUUUCUCUGUUUUACAAGUACAGAAAGUGCACCCCCUUUGUUGCAAGUUCCUUCAUUUUAAGGAUAGUUUCUAUACAACGAUGAAUAUUCUAUGUUGC